AUGAGUCAGAUCCAUACCAUUUCUCGUUCCACCUCGCGUUCUUCUCACUCCAAUCCUUUUACAAGCGCUCGCAAUGAAAUCGGUACUCCAAGCGCCGGGUCAAGCACCAGGGGUUUCGUUCUACAGAAGCACAACACGACGAGGAGAAAGUUCAAAUCAUCGCGCUUCACAGGGACAGAGUAUCCUAAGCCUUGGUUGGAACAGAAAGAACCGCGCCGGAAGUGGGAGAGAGUCAUCUUCUGGACAUCAGUCGCGGUCGGCGUACUAAUUGGGGCGGUCAUUUGCUUCUUCAGCUACAAAUCCGUUUCCAACUUCGAAUACUGCCUGGUCCUCGAAGACGACUUCGAGACACUAGACAAGAAUGUCUGGAACUUCGAGGUCCAGCGUGGAGGCUUUGGCAGCGGAUCAUUUGAAUGGACAACCGAAGACGCAAAGAAUGCGUAUGUUGAUGCCGAAGGUCUCCACAUAGUCCCGACUUUAACGACAGAAAGUACGGGAAUCACUCCUGCUGAACUGAACGACAACUACGUGCUCAACCUCACCACGGCCGGCACCUGCACGGCGGUGUCGGGAAACCCAAAUGACUGCUCGGUCCGCAGCAAUGAGACCUCGGGAACGCUCAUCAACCCCGUCAGGAGUGCCCGCUUGAACACUUCCAAGCGCAAGAACAUCACCUACGGCCGCGUCGAAGUUGUCGCCAAGGCUCCCGUGGGCGACUGGCUCUGGCCUGCCAUCUGGAUGAUGCCCGAGCCGCAGGGAAAGCAUGGGGCCGGUGCAUACGGGGCCUGGCCCGCCAGUGGUGAGAUCGAUAUCGCAGAGUUCAGAGGGAACGCCGGAUCCGAAUACCCUGAUGGUCGUGACAGCGUCGGCAGUACUCUGCACUGGGGUCCCAUCUCGGAUGCUGACGCCUUCUGGAAGACGUCGGGAAAACACAACCUCCGGCGUACAGAUUAUUCGAAAGCCUUCCACACUUUCGGUCUCGAGUGGUCCGAGAAGUAUCUGUUCAUGUAUGUGGAUACUCGGCUGGUGCAAGUCAUGUUUACCAAGUUCGAUGCUCACAAAAACAUGUGGGAUUUCGGCAACUUUGGCGCGUCACUGGUCAACAAUUCGGCCAUGUAUGAUCCGUGGAGCAGCACCGGUCGCAAGAGUACUCCAUUCGAUCAGCCAUUCUAUCUCAUUCUCAAUGUGGCAGUGGGCGCCACGAAUGGCUUCUUCGAGGAUGGCGUCGCGAACAAGCCUUGGGGUGACAAGAGUCUGACUGCACCGAGAGAAUUCUGGGAUGCAAAGGACAGCUGGUUGCCGACUUGGGGAGAGGGUGCUGAGCGAGGCAUGACUGUGCGAUCCGUCAAGAUGUGGAGUCAAGGCAGCUGUAAGAGUAAAGCUUGA